CUCUGUGUGCGUCUUUGCAGGGUGAUGAAGUGCUGACUGUCAUUAAAACCAAGGCUCAGUGGCCGGCGUGGCAGCCGCUCAACCUACGCGCAGCUCCGUCAGCAGAGUUUUCUGUGGACCGGACACGUCACCUCAUGUCCUUCCUCACCAUGCUCGGGCCCAGCCCCGACUGGAACGUGGGGCUGUCAGGAGAGGACCUUUGCACCAAAGACUGUGGCUGGGUGCAGAGACUUGUGACGGACCUGAUACCAUGGGAUGCAGGCACAGACAGUGGUUACACAUAUGAGUCACCAAACAAGCCCACCAUUCCCCAGGAAAAAAUACGACCCCUGACCAGUUUGGACCACCCUCAAAGCCCAUUCUACGAUUCAGAGGGGGGCGCCAUCAUGCCUGUAGCUCGGGUGAUUGUAGAACGGAUUGCUAGAAAGGGAGAGCAGUGCAACGUGGUCCCAGACACCAUCGAUGACAUAGUAGCUGAUAUUGGCCAGGAGGAGAAGGAGGAAGACGACACACCGGAGACGUGUAUCUACUCCGCCUGGUCUCCGUGGUCUGCAUGCAGCAGCGCCACGUGUGAUAAAGGUCGCAGGAUGAGGCAAAGGAUGCUGAAGGCUCAGCUGGAUCUCAGCGUCCCGUGUCCCCACACCCAAGAUUUUCAGCCCUGCAUGGGGCCAGGAUGCAGCAUGGAGGAGACUUCCACGUGCAUGAUGUCAGAGUGGAUCAGCUGGUCCGCCUGCAGUGUUUCCUGUGGGAUGGGGAUGAGGUCCAGAGAGCGCUACGUCAAACAGUACCCCGAGGACGGCUCGCUCUGCCAGCUCAACACUGAGGAGACUGAGAAGUGUGUGGUCAACGACGAAUGCUCACCCAGCAGCUGUGUGGUGACAGAGUGGGGGGAGUGGGACCCCUGCAGUAUCACCUGUGGGGUUGGCAUAAGACGACGAGAGCGCAUGGUGAAGAUGCCUCCUAUAGAUGGAUCCAUGUGUAAAACUGAGGUGGCAGAAGUGGAUAAAUGCAUGAUGCCUGAAUGCCACACCAUCCCCUGCAUGCUGUCGCCCUGGUCAGAGUGGAGCGAGUGCAGCGUGACGUGCGGGCGUGGCGUCCGGACCCGACAGCGGAUGCUGAAGUCUGAUCCUGCCGGCUGCACAGAGGAGUUGGAGCAAACGGAGAAGUGCAUGCUGCCCGAGUGCCCAAUUGACUGCAUGAUGUCGGAGUGGUCGGAGUGGUCAGAGUGCAACAAGUCCUGCGGAAAAGGACACACCAUCCGCACCCGUAUGAUCAAACUGGAGCCACAGUUCGGAGGCAGCUCUUGUCCCGAGACCAUCCAGAGGAAGAAAUGCAAGAUCAGGAAGUGUCGUACGAAAGGAGGAGGAGGUGGAGGUGCAGGAAGCUGCCGCCUGCAGCCGUGGAGCAGCUGGACAGACUGCAGUAAACCCUGCGGGGUGGGUUUACAGGAGCGCGUCAGGACCACCAGGAAAAGGUCAAAGGGCAGCUGCAAGGACCGGAGGGAGACUCGCGUUUGCAACGAUCAUCCUUGCUAGGGGGCACUACUGAGUGGAGGAGCAGAAAAUACAGCUUUCUAUCAAAACCAUGAUGGAGACUUUCUGUAGGGUCUGAGAAGGAUUGUGUUUUAUUUUCACACUUCAAAAAAUGGAGACUAACGUUAGCAAAAGGAUGGAAACGAGAGAAUUUGAUCUGCUAUGAACAAAGGUGACUUAUUUCAGACCACAUUGAAAGUAUUAAAUAUUAACGUUUGCCUUGGGAUUUUUAUUCUCUUGGAAUUAAAGAAAAAGAACCUGCUACAUUAACUACACUAAAAGCUUGCGUAAUUUUCAUAUCACCGUUUUUUUUUUUUAGUGUUGGUCUGCAGUCGUGGGCUGGAACAAACAGAAGUGGAGCUCUUCUGAUUUUCCCUUCAAAUUUAAGCAUUUUUUAUUCUUGUAAAACCACAGUAGCACAUUUAAUCCUCAUACACAAAAACAAAGAUAGCUUCUUUAACAAUGACCCCCCACUCCCCCCCCCAAAAAAAAUAUGAAUAA